UCUCCUUUUUCACCGUACACUUUUUCAUUUAUUUUUUCCUUUCUUUUCCAUAACCACUCAUAUCCAUCUAUGGUGUGAGAAUUUUGUAAGAUUUUGGAACAUUGCCCUGUGAAGAGCUUGUGUGGUAGUACUUGAAAUUUGAAAACUUGAUCUGGGUUUGGUUUGUUUCAUUCUCAACAUCCCUUUUGGUUCAUAAUUAAGUGGUCCCCUUUCUGUUUCUUCCAUCCUUUUUUCAAGGUUUCUGCAAUUUGAUGUUGUGUGGGGAAAGGGGUGAAUACUUCAUAACUGAGCAGCAAUUGUAAUAAAGUUCAACCAGCAUUGAGGAUGAAUGGGCAAAAAAUUAAGCGCCGAGUGGGUAAAUAUGAUGUAGGGAGGACAAUUGGUGAAGGAACAUUUUCAAAGGUGAAGUUUGCACGUAACUCUCAGACCGGGGAGCCUGUGGCUCUUAAGAUUCUUGACAAAGAGAAGGUUCUCAAGUAUAUGAUGGCUGAGCAGAUCCAGCGAGAAAUAGCUACGAUGAAGUUAAUCAAGCAUCCAAAUGUUGUUCAACUAUAUGAGGUCAUGGGGAGCAAGACAAAAAUAUACAUUAUUUUAGAGUUUGUGACUGGAGGAGAGCUCUUUGACAAAAUUUUAAACAAUGGACGUAUGAGUGAAAAGGAAGGGCGUAGGUAUUUCCAGCAGCUUAUAAAUGCCGUUGAUUAUUGCCAUAGCAGGGGUGUCUACCACAGAGACCUGAAACUAGAGAACUUGUUAUUAGAUGAUUCUGGAAACCUUAAAAUAUCUGACUUUGGAUUGAGUGCUCUUUCCCAACAAAUCAGGGAUGAUGGACUGCUCCAUACAACAUGUGGAACUCCAAAUUAUGUUGCUCCUGAGGUCCUUAAUGAUGUAGGCUAUGAUGGGGCAGCUGCAGAUUUGUGGUCAUGUGGCGUGAUCCUUUUUGCGUUGCUUGCAGGUUACUUGCCUUUUGAUGACUCUAAUGUUUUGAACCUGUAUAAAAAAAUUUCAGCUGCUGAAUUUACUUGCCCUCCCUGGCUUUCUUUUAGUGCCAGAAAAUUGAUAACUAAAAUCUUGGAUCCCAACCCCAUGACUCGUAUCACUGUACCCGAGAUUUUGAGAGAUGAAUGGUUUAAGAAGGACUAUAAACCUCCGGUUUUUGAGGAGACAAAGGAGACCAACAUUGAUGAUGUGGAAGCCGUCUUUAAAGAUUAUGAAGUGCUCAAUGUAAGAGAGAAGAAGGAAGAGCAGCCAACACCAAUGAAUGCAUUUGAAUUGAUAUCCUUGUCCAAAGGGCUGAACCUUGAAAACUUGUUUGACAUAGACCAGGGGUUUAAAAGGGAAAUAAGAUUCACAUCAAAAUGCCCUGCCAAGGAGAUAAUCAACAAGAUUGAAGAAGCUGCAAAACCUCUUGGUUUUGAUGUGCAGAAGAAAAAUUUCAAGAUGAAGCUUGAAAAUUUGAAAGCUGGAAGGAAAGGAAACCUCAAUGUUGCCACAGAGAUAUUUCAAGUGGCACCUUCUUUUCACAUGGUUAAGGUGCAUAAAGAAAAAGGUGAUACAUUGGAGUUCCUUAAGUUCUACAACAAGCUUUCAACAUGCCUGGAGGAUGUUGUUUGGAAAACUGAAGAUGACGUAGAAGAUACAAAGUGAAAUUGAUGCAACCACCAAAUGUUAUUUCUUGGUGUAUAACAAUGUCCUACCAUGUUACAAUUUCCUCAUUGUUUUUGCUCCACAUCAUCUUUUGUAGGUUUGGCUGGACAUAUACCAAAGUUUCCCCUGAAUUAUUGUUGAAAAGCAUCCAGUUUACGCUAAUGCUCAUCAAAUUUUGAACUGUGUUCAUGAUACAAGAAAUAUGAUAAAACUUGGACGAUGUAUAUAUACAUCUUGUUAAUAUUGAUCUUAAAGGAGAAGACAAAAUAUGAGGAAUUAUUUCUCAUUGAUUUCAA